AUGUAUAUAAGCAAAGAAAGGUAUGCCCGCUUGCCGUCUUGGCAAACUGUCUUGUUCUCUGUCCCAAACUGGGAUCGCUCGGCGGGGCCAAUUAACUGGCCCAUCCUACCUACUAGAGCUAAUAAGGUUAAAAGAAAGGAUGCGUCGAGCAAGCAACGCAACCCCCGGUUCUUCUACUUCAGUAAGCCCCGUCCUUGUACAAAGAGGAAGCCACGUCCAAUUAGUAAAGAUAAAACCAUGGAGUAG